AUGUCACAUCUGGGUCAGGGCACGACGCCCUGCUUGGUGCUUGGGAGAGUCCACCCGCCGCGCAAUGCAGGCACAAAGCAUCAGGUGAGCCGGGAUGCCGGCAAAGGGUAUGGCGUGCUCCGCCAGCUGCUUCAGCUUCAGGAAGAUUUUCUGUCGCUGCCACGGACGAAGGAGUUUGUUCUCGAUCGUGGCUGGCCUGACUCCAGUUCCGUCGAUGUGGAUGAGUUCUUGCGAAGGCAGAAGGAAUGGACCCUCGACGGCCGUCUUCCCGCCGUCUUCGACGUGAGAUCUCCUGGGGAGUUUGCCGCGGGGCAUAUCCCCGGUGCCACGAACUUGCCCCUGCUGGAUGAUGACGAGAGGGCUGCAGUCGGCACUACGUUCGCCAAUGUAGGGCCAGAGGAAGCCUUUGAUUUAGCCCUCGACAGCGUGCAUCCAAAGCUGGCCGACUUGUUACGUCAGGCUGAUGCGCACACCGCCGGCCUCGAAGAGGCGAGGCGGCACGUCCUCCUGUACUGUAAGCGAGGUGGACUUCGUUCACAAUCAAUGGCCAAGCUUCUGGCGAGACAUGGCUUCGACGUCCUGGUCCUUCAGGGUGGCUACAAGGCUUUUCGCGGUUGGGCUGAACGCGUUCUCCGUGAGAAGCCCCAGAAGGUCUGUGUGAUUGCUGGAGCUACUGGCAGUGGCAAGACCGAGGUCUUGGCAGAGCUUGGCAG